GGUAGCGUCAGCCGGACGAUUUUCAACUACCACAGUCGAGGACUAAUCGGUCCAAUUGGCACAAGCAUUCUCAGCGAUAAAAUAACGAACCUUUUCCAGGUACAACCAUCUUCAACACUGUCGGUGGACUGAUCAGCUGAAAACGACACUCUCUCACUUACCUUUUCUCUCUCCAGGACUCCUUGAGGCAACCUCCCCUGUCGUAUUCUUCCCUCACACCUCAAUUCAUUGUUUUCACAUUUAUUUUACAGAAACUAACACUAACAGCUACGCACACGCAUUUAUAUAUGUUGUGUUUUUAGAGAGAGGAGAGAGUAGCCGCAACAGCCAGUGGCCAUCACUUCUAGCUACUCGCUCUACCUUUGCUUCCAUCUAUCUUCAUCUGAUCACCGGCUGGCUUGAUCUUGAUUAGAGGGUAUACAUUUGCCUUUAAUCUUUAUGAACCCUUAUUUGGGCGUGAUUAGUAGAUCUGAUCUGUGAAUUGAACGAAUCAAAGUGAGCUACUUUUGCUGUUCUAACGGAAGAUUGUGGGAAUGAAAUGAUACCUCGCAGAAUUCUCAAAGGCGUAUUUUAGCUGUUCUAGGAUGUUAAAUUCUGAUUGAAGCUUGUAUUUUACUGAUUGUUAAUUCAUUGCUCUUGGGGAAGCUUAGUGAAAAUGGAAUCUGAAGCGGAAACAAAGGGAAAGCCAUUGAAGAACAUUGGUAGCCAAGUGUGUCAGAUCUGUACUGAUAAUGUGGGGUUGACUGUAGAUGGUGAGCCAUUUGUUGCAUGUGACGUCUGCGCGUUUCCAGUUUGCAGACCUUGCUAUGAAUAUGAAAGGAAGGACGGUAAUAAAUCUUGCCCUCAGUGCAAAACCAGAUACAAGAGAUAUAAAGGAAGUCCUGCAAUUCUUGGUGAUGGAGAAGAGGCUGGUGUUGCUGAUGAUGGACCUGAUGAUCACCAUUACUCUGAAAAUCAGGCUGACAAGCAGAAGAUUUCAGAGGGCAUGUUGAGCUGGCACAUGAAUUAUGGACGGGGAGAAGGUUCCUUACCAAAGUAUGAUAAAGAGGUCUCCCACAACCACAUUCCUCUGCUUACCAAUGGAACAGAUGUGUCUGGAGAACUAUCUGCUGCAUCACCUGGACGCCUUUCAAUGGCAUCUCCUCCUCAUGGUGGUGGUGGAAAACGUAAACUUCUGUCCCUUACUAGUGAUUACAUCAAUCAUAAUAUUUUCUCGUCUAGGAUUGUGGAUCCAGUAAGGGAGUUUGGAUCCCAAGGCUUAGGCAACGUUGCCUGGAAAGAAAGAGUUGAUGGCUGGAAGAUGAAGCAGGAAAAGCCUGCUGCGCCAAUGACUGCGAGCCAUCCUCCUUCUGAAAGAGGAGUUGGAGAUAUCGAUGCAAGCACAGAUAUUCUUGUGGAUGAUUCUCUACUGAACGAUGAGGCUCGACAGCCACUAUCAAGGAAGGUUUCAAUUCCAUCAUCAAGGAUAAACCCUUACAGGAUGGUCAUUGUCUUGCGGUUGGUGAUUAUCUGCAUUUUCUUGCACUAUCGAAUAACAAAUCCUGUAUCCAAUGCGUAUGCUUUGUGGUUAAUUUCUGUGAUCUGUGAGAUAUGGUUUGCCAUAUCCUGGAUUCUGGAUCAAUUUCCGAAAUGGCUCCCCGUGAACCGCGAAACAUAUCUCGACAGGCUUGCUCUUAGGUAUGAUCGCGAAGGAGAACCAUCACAAUUAGCAGCUGUUGACAUAUUUGUCAGUACAGUCGAUCCCCUAAAGGAGCCUCCACUUGUUACAGCUAAUACUGUUCUGUCCAUUCUUGCGGUGGACUAUCCAGUGGACAAGGUGUCAUGCUAUGUUUCUGAUGAUGGUGCUGCCAUGUUGACAUUUGAAGCCCUGUCAGAAACAUCUGAAUUUGCAAGGAAGUGGGUUCCGUUCUGUAAAAAGUAUAAUAUUGAGCCACGGGCUCCAGAAUGGUACUUUGCUCAGAAGAUUGACUACUUGAAAGAUAAAGUUCAGCCAUCCUUCGUAAAGGACCGUAGGGCUAUGAAGCGCGAAUAUGAAGAGUUCAAAAUUCGUAUCAAUGGACUUGUUGCCAAAGCUCAAAAAGUUCCUGAAGAAGGUUGGAUCAUGCAAGAUGGUACACCAUGGCCUGGAAACAAUACUAGAGAUCAUCCAGGAAUGAUCCAGGUUUUCCUGGGCCAAAGUGGAGGUCUUGACAGCGAGGGUAAUGAGCUGCCUAGGUUGGUAUAUGUUUCUCGUGAGAAGCGCCCGGGGUUUCAGCAUCACAAGAAAGCUGGUGCUAUGAAUGCUCUUGUUCGUGUGUCAGCAGUUCUUACCAAUGGACCUUUCUUGUUGAAUCUUGAUUGUGAUCACUACAUUAACAACAGCAAGGCCUUGCGUGAAGCAAUGUGCUUUUUGAUGGACCCAAAUCUCGGAAAAUAUGUUUGCUAUGUGCAGUUUCCUCAGAGAUUUGAUGGUAUUGAUAAGAGUGAUCGAUAUGCCAACCGCAACACUGUCUUCUUUGAUAUUAACUUGAGAGGCUUAGAUGGCAUUCAAGGCCCCGUGUAUGUGGGCACUGGAUGUGUCUUCAACAGAACUGCUUUGUAUGGAUAUGAGCCUCCUCACAAACCUAAGCAUAGGAAGCCUGGAUUUCUCUCAUCCUGCUUUGGUCGAUCAAGUAAGAAAAGCUCUAAAUCAAGUAAGAAGGGGUCAGAUAAAAAGAAAUCUAGCAAGCAUGUCGACCCCACUGUUCCCAUCUUCAGCCUGGAGGAUAUAGAAGAGGGUGUUGAAGCAUUUCGGUGUGGCCAUCUAUUUGUUUCUUCUCCUUACGUUUUUGAUGCUAUUCUUUUGGUAAUCGAGUCAGGUGCUGGAUUUGAUGACGAGAAGUCAUUGCUCAUGUCUCAAAUGAGCCUCGAAAAAAGAUUCGGCCAAUCUGCCGUUUUUGUUGCAUCCACAUUGAUGGAGAACGGUGGUGUCCCUCAGUCAGCGACGCCAGAAACUCUUCUCAAAGAGGCCAUUCACGUUAUUAGUUGCGGGUAUGAAGACAAGAGUGAGUGGGGAAGUGAGAUAGGAUGGAUUUACGGUUCUGUAACCGAAGAUAUUCUGACGGGGUUCAAGAUGCACGCGCGCGGGUGGCGCUCAAUUUACUGCAUGCCUCCAAGGCCGGCCUUCAAAGGAUCAGCUCCGAUCAACCUUUCAGACCGUCUGAACCAAGUACUCCGGUGGGCCCUUGGAUCAGUAGAAAUCCUUUUCAGCAGGCAUUGCCCAAUAUGGUACGGUUAUAACGGGAGGCUAAAAUGGCUGGAGAGAUUCGCGUACGUGAACACCACUAUAUACCCAGUCACCGCCAUCCCUCUCCUCCUCUACUGCACGCUGCCAGCCGUUUGCUUGCUCACGGGAAAGUUCAUCAUUCCACAGAUCAGCAACGUGGCCAGCAUAUGGUUCCUGUCCCUUUUCCUAUCGAUAUUCGCGACGGGCAUCCUGGAGAUGCGGUGGAGUGGGGUGGGAAUCGACGAGUGGUGGAGGAACGAGCAGUUUUGGGUCAUAGGUGGGGUCUCGGCUCACCUGUUUGCCGUUUUCCAGGGGCUACUCAAAGUAUUGGCCGGAAUCGACACCAACUUCACUGUGACUUCCAAGGCGUCUGACGAGGACGGGGACUUUGCCGAGCUGUACAUGUUCAAGUGGACGACGCUACUCAUCCCACCGACCACUCUUCUCAUUGUUAACAUCGUGGGGGUGGUGGCGGGAGUAUCGUACGCCAUCAAUAGUGGGUACCAGUCGUGGGGCCCACUCUUUGGGAAGCUCUUCUUUGCGUUUUGGGUCAUUGUUCAUCUCUAUCCUUUCCUUAAGGGGUUGAUGGGCCGCCAGAACCGAACGCCCACUAUUGUCGUCGUCUGGUCCAUCCUGCUUGCCUCCAUCUUCUCCCUGCUUUGGGUACGGGUCGACCCGUUCACGACUCGGGUCACGGGGCCCGAUGUCCAGCAGUGCGGCAUCAACUGCUGAUGUGAUGUGAUGUGGUGUGAUGUGAUGGACUUUCUUCUUUGUCCAUAAAUCAUAUGUGUUGUGUUGUGUUGGUGGGAAGGGAAGAAUUUGAUGUUGUUUUGUUUGAUGUCUAUCUAUAAAUUAACUCUUGCUGCCAGCAUUAAAUGUGUUAUUUUGUUAGUUCGUAUUGUUUAUAUCUGAUGCUAGUCGAGAUGAUUUAAGAUGAAGGUGACCAAAAGUAUCCAACAAAAUUGUUGCCAUAGAGAUUUGCAGUAACGAAUAUCAAAGAUUGAUGCAAAGCUACUUUACUUCUCAAAUGUGUUAUUUUC